AUGCUGCUGGUGUAUGAAGUCUACCCCGGUUGUUCUCGUUGUCUUCGUCUUCUAUGCAGAAGUGUCACCCGGAGGCUGGUUCUGCUGCGACUGGCCGGCCUCACCAUCGAUGCAACUCAGGAACACGAAACUCGGAUUUACGAGCGUGGCGCCGAGUGCCGGGAAUAUCUUGGAGCCCCAAGCAGGGAGCUCUUGGCUUGCUGGGGGCCCAGCCCAGCCACCUCAACCCACAUGCUUCUGCCAGACACAGACGUCUGCUUGGUAAAGUCUCAACAACUUCUCCGAUAUCGUACUCGGAAAUUUGCAAAAGCAGAUCGUGAAGCUGAAGCGUCACGGACAGUCGAUGCACGAGUGCCACUUACAUGGCGUUCAGGGAGCAUUUUCUUAGCACGUCGCGAGCUCUUGCCAGCUGGCAGUGGACUCCUGAGUCCUGAUCAAAUUGUGCUGAGUUUCAAGAAUAGAGGCUCUAGCAUCCUGAAGACAACACCCUCUUGGUCCAUCCGCGACAUCACUGCGCCGGCUGGAAGAUACAUAUUCGAUGGUCGUGGUCCCAUCGUGCAGAAGCGACGGACUACAUACAAGCGUUCACCAGUCUUGAUUAUGUGUUUAUGUCUUCCUUUCGUUCGAAUCCUCAAUGAUUUCGUGGACGGAUUCGAGGACUAUCGGGAGCUUUUCGAACGUCAGUCAGACGACAGACACCUAUCAGCUCACCACGAUCAAACACACCUGUUCGGCCAGUAUUCCUACUGCACUGGUCAUGAUGCCGACCCCCGUCUAAUGAGCAGCAACAUCCGCGAAGAUGAGACUCGUGGUUCUUUGUUCUGGUUGGUCACACCGGGUGAAAGCCAAAUCUCAAAACCCGCGAGCAAUGCCAAAGAACAGCCUAUCAAGAAUGAUCGGGUCCUGAGAACAAAGCUGAAGCAGGCCAGCAAGAACGUCCCCAAAUACCUCUUUCGCAUGUGGGAUGCUCGCUCGGGCGGCAGCCCCAAACUCAACACCACCAGCGCCAUCACACCACUUGCCUUCGCCUCUUCCCGGGGCCACAAGUCUGUUUAUGACAUGACUCUCACUGAACUCUUCCAAAACGUUGACUGCCACCUAGCUGGCGAUGAUAACGUCCGGACGGAAGGAAGACAGUGUGACAGUGUCCAUGUCGCCAUCAUCGAUACUGAGGAAUUGGCCAAGACCAAUACAGCCUUUCAUGUGCCUGCCCUGGGCAAAAUCAUUCAUACAAUCGACGAGUACGAAGAGGAAUAUCUGGUCCACGGUGUGAUCGAGGGAGAAUUCUAUAAGGCCGUUUCCUACCGCAAGUUGUGUGAUCUUGGCUUGCUGAAACAACUGCCUACACUGAACAGGGACGGUGUUGACCCCUUCAACACUUUGAAUAUCCGUGCCUUCCCCGGCGACGAGGUAAACUAUACUAUCGAUGAACUGCGUCUACUCAGGAAGAUUGCCCUUCCUUACGGCGAGUAUUUUUCGCUUCCCAUGGCAAUCGUCCUUUUCUGCUGCAAGAAGCGCCCUGGAUACUGGUCAAAGAUCAGCACCACCGACCUCGAAACCAUCAUCAAAGUCCUCGGCGGCUGGAACGAGAUUCCUCUGGAUUGGGCCAGCUCCCGCAGUCUAUUCAGCAAGAACAUCUAUCCAGCCAAUUGGGAUGCCAACAAGCAGGUCCAGAAUCUCAUGCAUGCGCUCUUCUCUCACUGUUACGGCAAAGGAGCUAGGGGUAAUGAGGCAAGAUAUGCUGCCAAGAUCAAGGCUGGCGAUGAGGAUGACAUUACCGGAGCGAUGGCCUCGAUGAGUGUUGGUGGUGAUCACGAUGCUGAUGAAGCAUCUGCCAGUCGGAAAAACAAGAAGAUGCUCAGAAAGCCUGCACAGAAGAGGGUCUGA